AUUAAGCAACAUUCAAGAUUCCCAUCACGGCGGUAGUGGUGGUGUUGGUGUCGGCGGCGGCAGUGCCGGUGGCAAUCCACAUGCAAAUCAAUCUUGGCACAGUUGGCUGCGGAACAAUCUCAAUUCGAUCAACGGCAACGACAAGGACCGACCACCCGGCGGCUUCGGCGGUGGCGGUGGACCAGAAUCCGACACCGGAGGAUAUCCGGAUGGUGGCGACGGUGGAGGCGGUUUAAGCCAUCCACCCCGUUUCAGUGCCAAGUGGGACGAGUGUGCCGCACUGGAGGAAACACCAACCGAUAUCACCACCGGCGAGGAAUAUGGAAAUUUCGACUUCCAGCCCGAAUGGAUGAAAACAAAGGAGUACUGGGACAAGGACUUCGAGAGCCGCUACGAGAAGCUGCAAAAGGAUCCGAAGCGACCACCGUUGAAGAUUGUGGUAGUUCCCCACUCACACAACGACCCCGGGUGGUUGAAGACCUUCGUCAACUACUUCCAGUCGGAUUCACGGCAGAUUCUCAACUUGGCCGUCACCAAGAUGCCCGAGUACAACAACAUGUCGUUCAUCUGGAGCGAAAUCAGUUUUCUGCAGCUGUGGUGGGAUCAGGCACAUCCCACCAAGCAGAGGAUCUUGAAGAAGCUGGUCAAGUCGGGACGACUGGAAAUCACCACUGGCGGGUGGGUCAUGACAGAUGAAGCGAACACUCAUGUUUUCGCAAUGGUCGAUCAAUUGAUCGAAGGACAUCAAUGGGUCAAAACGAAUCUCAAUGUCACACCGAAGACCGGUUGGAGUAUAGAUCCUUUCGGUCACGGCAGCACCGUCCCAUACCUGUUGGCAGCUAGUGGAUUCGAAGGAACCAUCAUACAGCGGAUACACUACGCGUGGAAGCAGUGGUUCGCCCGCCAUCGAUACGGUGACUUCAUGUGGAGUCCCUACUGGCAAACCCCAUCCAGUCAGCUGGACCGUAAACACACCCUGCUGACCCACAAUAUGCCCUUCGACAUCUACUCGAUUAAACAUUCCUGUGGACCUCAUCCGUUCAUCUGCUUGAACUUUGACUUCCGCAAGAUUCCCGGCGAGUACACCGAGUACUCGAUCAAGGCCCAGUUUAUCACGCCGGAAAAUAUCGAAUCCAAGGCCGAUCUACUCAUGGAGCAGUACUCCCGAACGGCUUCCCUCUUUCCGCAUAACGUAGCACUCAUUCCCGUCGGUGACGACUUCCGCUACAACAAGGAGAAGGAAAUGGAGCAACAGUACACCAACUAUAAAAAGCUGAUCGACUACAUCAACGAGAACCGCAACAAGUACAAGACGGAGAUCAGCUUCGGUACUCCGAAGGACUACUUCAGCGCCAUCAAGGAACGGUACGACAAGUUUCCGACUCUGAAGGGUGACUUCUUCGUCUAUGCCGACAUCUUCAACGAAGGUCGGCCAGCUUAUUGGUCCGGGUACUUUACCACCCGUCCGUACUACAAGAUUCUCAGCCGGGAGCUUGAGCACAACCUGCGAAGCUCGGAGAUUCUGUUCACGCUAGCGUUCAACCGUGCACGGCAAUCCGGUAACUCGAAUGCUUUCAAGAUCUACGAAAAGAACUAUGAGAAGAUGAUCUUGGCAAGGCGGAACUUGGGCCUGUUCCAACAUCACGAUGCCAUCACCGGAACGUCCAAAGGCAACGUCAUGCGAGACUAUGCCUUGCGACUGUUUGAGAGCAUCCAGGAUUCGGUCAAGCUGCAGGAGAAGACGAUCGAAUUGCUCGUUCAGAAGAAAAGCACCGAGCACAACUUCCUGAUCGGGGAACUGGAACGGGACAACUUCAGUAAACUUCCACGAAAGACUCCGUUGAUCGUGACGGAAGCUCGCAGCACAGACUUCGUGGUCUACAACGCACUGGCUCAAGAGCGACUGGAAGUCGUUCUGAUUAGAACCCUCACUCCACGGGUGAAGAUUCUGGACCCGAAAGGAAAGCCAAUGGACAUUCAGAUCAACCCGGUGUGGAACAUUACGGAAACGUCGUUUGCUUCCAGAAAGAUCAUUCCAUCGGAGAAGGAGUACGAGAUAAUGUUUGUGGCCAAGUUGGCACCACUGUCGCUGACGACCUACACGGCUACGUACGACGAUGAGUUCAAACCUAAGAUGGCCACCCUGUACUGUAAUGAGUGCCAGGACGAAAAAAAUGAAAUCUUCGAGAUCCGGAACAAACAGCCGGGCGAUAUCCAGUUGGAGAACUUUAAAAUGCGCCUACUGUUUGACGAGCAGAGCGGUUUCCUAAAGUCGGUCACCAAGAAGAACAUGGGUAAGCAGAUUCAGUGUGCAAUCAAGUUUGCAGCAUAUAAGAGCGCGCAGUUCCACUCGGGCGCCUAUCUGUUCAAGACGGACCCGGAGCAGAGAAACUCCGAGAAGGAAGUACUGGAGCAGUACAAUGACAUGACGAUUCUGAUCACGUCCGGGCCCCUGGCAAGUGACGUGACGGCUAUCUACGGACCAUUCCUGGCUCACACCGUGAGGAUCUUCAACUCCAACACGGUUUUGGACAAUGGAAUCUACAUAGAAAACGACAUCGACUUCGAGAUGCCUCCAAAGAACCGGGAAACCGAAAUGUUCAUGCGGUUCGUUACGGACAUCGAGAAUGGAGCUAGCGAGAAUCCAGAGUUCUAUUCGGAUUUGAAUGGAUUCCAGUACCAGAAACGGGUGAAGGUCCCGUCAAUCGGCAUCGAAGGAAACUACUUCCCGAUUACCAGUGGAGCCUUCAUCCAAGACAACAAAAUGAGGCUGACCUUGCUGACGACUCACGCUCAGGGCGCUGCCAGUUUGGAACCAGGACAACUGGAAGUCAUGCUAGACAGACGAACGCUGUACGACGACUACCGUGGCAUGGGCGAAGGCGUCGUAGACAGUCGCCUAACCCGGCAUCGAUUCUGGGUCAUACUGGAAACCAUCGAAGGCGGUGCUGCACCGGCAGUGGCUGAUAAUCCUCCGGGGCCUGCAGAUGAACCCAAACCCGAUGUAUACCAACUCCCCAGCAUUUUUGCCAAUCAGCUGGCGAAUGGGCUCAACUACCCGGCGAAUUUGUUCAUUAUAGAGAAGUACGACGAAAGCAAUCAGAUAGAGCUGAACCGGGCGGUCCAGCUGCUAGCCACUCCGUUCCCCUGUGAUCUACACAUUCUGAAUCUCCGUACCCUGACCGAGGGUAACCUGCCACUGUUCCCGUCGAACGCGGCCCUGCUGGUGCUGCACCGGCAAGGUUACAACUGCCGGAUAGGCGGCGAAGAGAUAGUGAAUUAUUUUUGUAACAAUAGCAGUAGUAGCGUAAGUCCUAGUAGUAAUAGCAUUAAUAAUAACAAUUAUUACAAUAGUAACAGUGUAGAUAAGCACAGUAGCCGGCUGCAGCUCUUCGGUGGGGUACAGCUCGAACAAAUUUCCAGCACCUCGCUGACCGGGUUGCACCCGGGGGCACCAGUGCGAUCGGUGGGGGACAUCUUCCUCGAACCGAUGGAGCUCCGGACGUACAAUUUGACGUUCGUCAAGUGAGCUGGUUGCUCUGCCGCUCGGUGCAAGUCGGUCCCCUGGUAGUCGAUCACCCGGGUUUUCCUAGCAUUGGACCAACUUGGCAACUUUUUUCUGAUGACCAAUAUUGCAAAUGUUCAUUCCGGCUUGUGUUACUUGUGGGUUUACUAGGUUAAUUUUGGCAGCGACCAUGACAUCUAAUGGUUUGAAGAUUUCGAACAAACAUGUUUGAGGCGGAAUGAGCAGUUGCGUUCUUGUUUGAAAAAAGUUUGGAAGGUUGUCCCAAUGGUUCGAAGCAAAUUAAGAAAACCCUUUUUAGACUUGUUGAUUUGUGCUAUGGGACGGACUUGCAAUGAGCGGCAACUGGUCUUGGUGGUAGUGUGGAGGUAGUGGUGGUGGUGCGUUCGGUGUGAGAUAUGAAGAGUACUAGGCUCCCCUUAUUCCUGUUUAGAAUCUGAUUUUAGUAACAUAGAUGUUGAAUGAUGCCUUCGUCGGGGUUGACGGAUGGGUUGGCAAGGGAAAUUCGGACAAGAGAUCAGUUAGCAGAUUCUUCAUCUGGAUAGAUUACAGGUUGAGUCCUAAACCACAGACAAACAGACGUACCACUUCAUUGUGUAUCUUCGUUCACGCAUUUAACGGUUGACUUGAAUAUUAUCAGUUCCGCGAACUACUUGCCGCAGCGCUGGCAUCGGAUCACUUUGACGUUUCUAUACAUUCUAUAGAACUUUUAUGCAAUAUUGUUUGCGUAUUAGCGAGCAAGCUUGUUUUCCGCGAGAAGCCAGAGAGAUGUCGUUACUGAGGUCCUAUGUUUUGACAUACUAUGUUUUCAAGAAAAACUUUUUCAAAUAGUUACAUCUGUUUGUCUGUGCCUAGGCUAAACGAUUUUGCGUUUCAAUUGAGUAUUGCCCAAAGUUGUUUUUCCAAAUGAAAAAAAAAAUGUCCAAUUUGAACUUACAAGAUGUUUUGAUCGAUUGGGCUAGUUCACAGUGACGGAACAAAAUUUAAACUCCUUUAAAAUUUCAUAAACCUUGGAAUGAAUUGAUUUGUCCUGAUGUUUUCAUAGCAUCUCUAAAGUUCUCUCAAUUCUCCUGAAAUAAAUAGAACUGUCCUGAAAACAAUUAAAUUUCGCUUAAGUCCUUUAGACAAUAUUUCUUAUGUUUCCUUAAAAUCACUGGACUUCUUUGGACUUUCCUUUUUAAGACUUUUAAUACUUUUUUUCGGGUUUUCGAUAUUUAACAGAAGUUGAUGAAACUGUCCUUAAUUCAUCGGAACUCACCCUUACAGAUCUUUGAACUUACCCAAAAUUCUGGACUUUUAUGAAGUUUUCCUGAAGCUAAUGAAAUCACCAUGAAACUCUGAAAGCAUCCUUGAAGUUUCGUGGAAGUUGCAAAAGAAAACUGGUGGGAGAAGACAGAAGAUCUUUUUGAGCGAAGCCAGAGGAAGCUUUCAUUGCCGGGAUGAACUAUCAGUCCGACAGUGAGCAUGCAUAAGGGCGUAAACGCGAUGAUCGAUUCUCUUCGUCAACUUUCUUUUUUGUUAAAAACUCGCUAGAAUUAACGUUUGUCGGUGCGUUUGCUGUUGCUUCAUGGAGCUUCGUAGAAGUCCAGCAAACUUCAUUCAGCGAAAUUUAGCGAAUUUUGUAGAAAAUCGGAAAACUUAGAUGAAGUUCAGUGAUUUCACUAACUCCAUCCUAGAGAUGAACUAGCCUAAGGCUAAAAAUCUCUUUAAUAAAGCUUAAAAAAAAACUAACUCCAUCGAAGUUCGUAAAACUUCAGAGACAUUGUAGAUAUUCAAAAGAAUAUCAUAGAAACUCAGAACAUUUUAAAGAAGCUCGGUGAACUUCGUAGAGCAUCAGAGUACUUCGUAGAAAUUCAGGGAGCUUUGUAAACAGUUGGAAAAACUUCGAAGAAGUGGGAAACUUUAUUCAGGUUUGGGGACUUUCGUUGAAGUUAAGGAAACUUUGUUUCAUUUCAGGAAACUUCAUAAAAGUUCUGAGACCUUCUUUUAACUGCAGGGUACUUCGUUAAAGUUUAAUGGACUUGGAAUAAUUCAGAGAAUUCCGUAGAAAUUCAGGAAACAUUGUAGAGCUUCCACUUAAAGGUUCAUGGAACUUCGUAGAAGCAACAAUCAAUACGAAACUUACGAUUUUAAAUUGGCUCACUACUUGACUAGCCUAUUGGUCCCAAGCAAAUCGAUUAACGUACCCCAUUCUAGUCAAAAUUCAAGUACUACACAAUGUUUGUUUUGAUUCGCUAUGAAAGUUUGACAGAUAAAAUGAGGGGUUCGUGGAUUUUCCUAUGUUUCGAGGGGUGAAUCGAUUAGCUUGGGACCGAAGAUAGUAACAGAGCUGAGCCAAAAAGUUGAGCACGUUUCUUCGGGACCUACUAGUCUUAGAGUUACCUCUAUGGUAGAAGUGCAGCGAACUUCAUUCAGUGAAUUUAGCGAAUUUUGUAGAAAUCCAGGAAACUUCAUUACCCACAUUAAAGUUCGUAGCAACUUUAGAGACAUUGUUGAUAUUCAAAGAAACAUCAUGGAAAUUCAGUACAUUUCAAAGAAGCUCGGUGAAACAUUCGGGAAAACUUCGAAGAAGUGGGAAACUUUGUACAAGUUUGGGGACUUUCGUUGAAGUUAAAAAAAAACUUUGUUUCAUUUCUGGAAACUUCAUAAAAGUUCCGAAACCUUCUUUUAAAUGCAGAGUACUUCGUUGAAGCUUGAUGGACUUGGAAUAAUUCAGAGAAUUCAUUAGAAGCUUCAGGGAACUUCGCAGAAAAUCAACGAAAGCGAACUUUGUUUAAAUCUAGCGAAUUACGAAGCAAAGCGAGGAAUUUUUCAAACUUCAUAACAGUAAAGGACACGUUGAAAAAGUUAGGGAACUUUGACGAACUUCUUAAAUCUUCGAAUCAGUUUAGGAAUCUUCGUAACAGUUUGUCAAAGAGCUUAUUUCAGAAAAGCUCAAUGAACUUUUUGGAAGUUUUGGAAACUUUAUUUCGCCCAAAUGUUUAGGAAAAUUCAUAGAAAAGGUUCAGGGUGUUCCAGGAAGUUUGGUCGAAUUAAGAAAGCUUGGAAAAAAUCAUGGAACUUGGAAAAACUUCAGGGCAGUUGACUUUGAUUCUAGAAAUGAAGGGAGCUCUGUACUGUGGAUAGAACAAUAACAAUAAUUAUGACAAUUAUUCUG